AUGGACUCUGUGGAUCCUACCAGAGCUUUCGUCAAUCGUGUCAAGCGUAUCGUCGUUAAGGUGGGAACAGCUGUGGUCACUCGUGGUGAUGGAAGAUUAGCUUUGGGCAGACUAGGUGCUCUUUGUGAGCAGCUCAAAGAUAUAAACGCUCAGGGGUAUGAGGUUAUUCUGGUGACUUCAGGAGCUGUUGGUCUUGGCCGUCAAAGGCUAAGAUACAGGAGAUUGGCAAACAGCAGCUUCGCUGAUCUCCAAAAUCCACAAAAUGACUUCGAUGGAAAGGCUUGUGCAGCUGUCGGACAGAGCAGUCUCAUGGCUCUUUAUGAUACCAUGUUCAGCCAGCUUGAUGUGACUUCUUCUCAACUUCUGGUGACGGAUAGUGUUUUUCGGGAUGAAGCUUUCAGAAAGCAACUUUCUGAAACUGUGAAGUCAUUGUUGAAGCUGAGGGUUGUUCCUAUAUUCAAUGAAAAUGAUGCUGUUAGUACUAGGAAAGCUCCGUAUGAGGAUUCUUCUGGUAUAUUUUGGGACAAUGACAGUUUGGCAGGUCUAUUGGCUCUUGAACUAAAAGCUGACCUUCUUGUUUUACUAAGCGAUGUAGAGGGCCUCUAUGAUGGUCCCCCUACUGACCCAAAAUCAAAGUUAAUCCAUACAUACGUCAAAGAAAUACAUCAUGGAGAAAUAACAUUUGGAGACAAGUCAAGGGUGGGCAGAGGGGGUAUGACAGCUAAAGUCAAUGCUGCUGUUUGUGCAGCUUAUGGUGGAAUCCCUGUUGUUAUCACUAGUGGCUAUGCCACAGACAACAUAAAAAAAGUGCUUCGUGGAGACCGGAUAGGUACUGUCUUUCAUCAAGAUGCACAUUUGUGGACUCUUGUUAAAGAAGAAGGUGCACGUGAUUUGGCUGUUUCAGCACGGGAAUCUUCCAGACAGCUUCGAGCUCUAGGAUCUAAAGAUAGGAGGAAAAUUUUGCUUGAUGUAGCUGAUGCCUUGGUGGCAAAUGAAGGUCAGAUUAUAGCUGAGAAUGAAGCUGAUAUUGCUGUUGCACAGGAGAAUGGAUAUGAAAAGGCCCUAAUAUCUCGUUUGGCCCUAAAGCCUGGGAAGAUUGCUGCUCUUGCAACGUCUAUACGUAAGCUUGCAGACAUGGAAGAGCCCAUUGGCCGUGUUCUACAGAAAACAGAGCUUGCAGAAGGACUUGUCUUAGAGAAAGUGUCUUGUCCUUUGGGUGUUCUUUUAGUUGUUUUUGAGUCUCGACCUGAUGCCCUUGUUCAGAUAGCUUCAUUAGCAAUACAAAGUCGGAACGGUCUUCUGCUUAAAGGGGGGAAAGAGGCCAAGCGGUCAAAUGCAAUCUUGCACAAGGUCAUCACCUCAGCAAUCCCAGAAAAUGUUGGUGGCAAACUUAUUGGACUUGUGAAUACAAGAGACGAGAUUCCCGAUCUGCUCAAGCUGGAUGAUGUGAUAGAUCUUGUCAUUCCUAGAGGCAGCAAUAAGCUCGUUUCUCAAAUUAAGGAGUCCACUAAGAUACCAGUUCUUGGUCAUGCCGAUGGAAUUUGUCAUGUUUAUAUUGACAAGUCAGCUAAUAAGGAAAUGGCAAAGUGCAUUGUUUUGGACGCGAAAACGGAUUAUCCAGCUGCCUGUAAUGCGAUGGAAACACUUCUUGUACACAAGGACUUGGUGACUGAUGAUGGUGGGUUUAAGCAGAUAAUUUCAGGACUCCAAGGUUUAGGUGUUACGUUAUAUGGUGGACCAAAGGCAUCAACUGUGUUAAAUAUUCCAGAGACAAGCUCAUUCCAUCAUGAGUACAGUUCAUUGGCUUGCUCAGUUGAAAUCGUUGAUGAUGUGACUGCCGCGAUUAACCACAUCCAUGAACAUGGAAGUGCUCAUACUGAUUGCAUUGUUACAGAAGAUCAUGAAGUUGCUGAAACUUUCCUAAGUCAAGUGGACAGCGCUGCAAUCUUUCAUAAUGCAAGUACACGAUUUUGUGAUGGUGCACGCUUUGGACUUGGUGCAGAGGUUGGGAUAAGUACGAGCAGGAUUCAUGCUCGAGGUCCUGUAGGAGUUGAAGGAUUGUUAACAACAAGAUGGAUUCUGAGAGGGAAUGGGCAGGUUGUAGACAGCGAUAGAGGGGUCAAGUACACCCACAAGGACCUGCUUACAAGUACCUAA